AUGUCGACUUCACAAACCAACAUGGACGCAAGCAUUGACCAAACGAGCGAUACCAUCGUUCACACUGGUCCUGUGUCUCCUACAUCCCCUUCUGAACAUCGGCUCAGGCCUGGUGUUUCGACUACUGCCCGCAUUUCGACACCAACAAGAAACUCUCACUCUCAACCUACCACACCUAGGCGGCGCCCCAAUCCCAUUGUAGUCAUGCACAAAAGGCAAUUGAGUCUGCAACUUGAAGAAGGGAUUGAAGAGUCCCCGGAAGUUCGUCAGGAAGACCUUGAUGAGCAAGGCGCAGGAUACAAUGACGAAUGGAUGAGAAAGGAGGGACUGGCGGUAUUGGAAACUCUGGAAUUAAGAAUGACGAAACUGGAUAAAAAACUUCAAAACUUCACCAACGCCCUCGGUGCGAUCGGUUCUUCAGCCGCGCUCCAACUAGCAGCGGACGAUUUUCGUGACCUACUAACUCAUUUGUCGCGCCUCUUUCGGAAGAAUGCCUAUAAGUUAUUUGGGGAUAUCGAUCAGGACCAAGCUCACGCUGCAGAGGAUAGACGAUCUCGGGCGUAUGGACGAGGACAACGCCGGUUCAGUGUGUUGUCCGAUGAUCAGGAAACAGCUCACGCCCAGUUGGGUUUAUUAGCAGACAAUUUAGACAUAUUUCUCUCGUGCUUGAACGAGAUUCCCAAGUUCACCGACCAAGCUGUCAACACUUCCGUCAAGCUCUUCCAAAGAGAUUUGAGGUAUUGGGGAUCUUGCCUCAAAGUAUAUGAAAAGCAGUACCACGCUCCGUUUGUUCGAUUAUACCUUAACGAUAUCUCAGCAGAAAUUGGGGAGCAUCUGGACAGCGUCUCGGCGGCCAUUACCGUUUUCAUCGAGUUCGGUAUCCCGACUAUCAAAUUUACCCAGCAUCACACAACUGCAGCCCUUCAUAAUUUGUCCACGGUCGCCACCUUGUUUUCGAGUGUGACUGCUACAACAAUUCAGUUUAGCUAUCAGAAUUUUCAGACAAGGACUCAGGAAGCGGUCAACUUGUUAUGGAUCAUCUCACUCGUAUUUUCCCUCGCGAGUGCGAUGAAUAGCCAGCUUGCUUAUCAUUGGCGCUCUGCCGUCUACCGCUCGCCUCGUGCACGCCUCCCUUGGUGGGUCUCCAUCUGGAUAACCCAUACGCCUCUGAGCUUCCUCAUUGCGUCCGUCAUUGCGUUCUCGGCUGGGCUCAUAUGUUUUACCUUCUCCAACUUCCACAUAUCUCCGUUUAUCCCCGUCGUAAUCACUAUUUGCACAUCAGUCUCGUCUUUUGCUCUUCUCACGGUCGGCUUCUGGUUUUUGGGGGAGCGCUAUGCAUAUGGUAAGACUAACGGCAGAAAGUGGCUCGACGAUUUAAUGAAGGAUACUUUUACAAAAGGCAAUCUGGCAGCUAUGUGCCAACCAUUCUUAGGCUUCCUUCUCUCGAGCAUGCAUCACUGUCUACAACCAUUCCGGAAGGCGCUUGUUUUCUUAUGGGGACUUUUGAUCACCCUGUUCCGACGCCAUAAUUUGCCAAGAGACAGCCGACAGAACGAGAUCAUUAUAACAGAGGUGCACUCUCCGAUAGCUGAUGCCCACCAACGGGAUGUCGAGAAAGAUGCCGUUGAGAGGACUCCCAGUCGUGCAUCAUCGAGCUUGAGAGCUCAUCGAUCCGAUGACAAGACAGAACGUCAUUCCCUGCCUACGACAUCGCUUCAAUAUGAACGAUCUUCUGAUGAACCUGGUUUGUUCCCUCUCCUCAAACCGGUAUUCGAAAAGUUCCAUGACACACUACGUGGAUUUGGGAUUCACCCCAGGACGUCUGAGGAAGGGGGUCCUGUCUCCUCGCCACGCACCCCAUUGCCCGUCUCGCCAGCACCAAGGCAGGACCCCUUUCGUGGCAGAGGCUCUCUCUCUGAUUCGAGUGACCACUCGGUGGAUGUUAUAAAUCUUCCCCCCGCAGAAACUAGUCCAUCCAACUUGGGAGCUGUAAUUCCUGCUUUGAAAUCUCUGCGAGUCACGGGGAACCUGAGGAUGCACACUGCCCUGGUCCGAGACAUCCAGUUCAGCCCUAAUGGCGAAUACCUGGCUACUUGCGCAUGGGACCAAACCGCUAUCAUCUGGAGAGUUGACUCCAUUUUCACCGUCCACCAGAAGUUGGAAUAUGCGGGAGGGUCCCCUGGACAAGUCUUAUGGUCUCCAGAUGGCCAGUAUCUCAUCGUGAAGUCACCGUUUGGGGUGAAAGCCUGGUUACGCGAGGUCCGUAUCUAUCCAUACAUUGCGAAUGUACUAGUGAAUGACGCGAGCAGACUGGUGUUUGGCAGCGGACCAUCCACUGGCCUCGUGGAACAGACAAAGUUCACGGUACUGGUGGGUGGUUCACGACCGGACAUUGGACCUCAGACUGAGCACUGCACCCAGUCUGUCAAAGGCGAAGUGCAACGUACCUAUGAAACAUGCUUGGGGCCUUUGGUCCUUCACGACGUUGCUGUCACGAUGGAUGAAUUAAGACUCUUGGGGGUUGCAACUCUGAGCCAAAUGCCUGAUGAUCAGAAACUAAAGCCCUCAGAUUCACAUCAUUUGGAGAAGCGCAUUAUUGUGCUCAAUCUGCAAUCGGAAGAAAUUGAGAUACACAUUCCAAUGCUUCACGACGUUCGCCAUAUUAAAGUAUCUGGGCCACUAGUGUUGAUCAGUUUUGAAGACAAAACAUCUCCACAACUCUUCCGCCUCGGAAAUAUCGGUGGCAUCGUUCAUCUUGAUCUCCUCCACACCUACAACCUCCCGUCCAAAGUUCGAUUUGGACGGUCAGGUUAUCUUGGUCAAUUUGCUGGACAUGAUGUUGAGAAUAUGGUCGUACUCUCGACAGAUAUGAGUGGGAAGGUCCAUUUCUGGGAUCGCCGGACAACCAAGUUGCUUCACUCUCUACAUGUUCGUGAACAGGGGACAACUCCAGCGAGUGUAGCCUGGAACAAUGCAAAUGAGCACCGCAUUAUGCUUGCCACCGGGGGCGAUGAUGGUUCAGUACGGAUUUGGACAGCAUUGUGGAACACUGGUAAGCAAGCUGUUUCAUCUCCCCAGCAGGGUUGA